CAUCAAAUUAGAACUGGAAAGUGGCAGGGAGCAAUCGAAAAAACUUGUCUUUCUGUUCUGGCCUCAGAACCGAUUACGUCGUUUUUCACGUUUCGGGCGACCAAACAAGGUAUAAUUUCGUAUCUGGGCACAUUCAUUCACUCAUUCAUUCAUAUCUAGUAAAAGUUCCUGAUUUGUUCAUUGAAGUAGAAGAUCUUGUUGCCCUCUGCCUUUCCAACAUGUUAUCUAUUGUCAUUAGGUGAAGUAGAGGCCAUCUUCUUGUGUGUGAUUGUUUACUCAGGUGUUUUGCUUAGACAGGGAGACAACUCGUAUAGCUCAAAAGCUGAGAGUGCGCAGGUCGUUGCGCUUCCACGAGUUGCGAACCGACCAGCGAGUGCGAUAUCUACGCAUGAGGCGGCUCGUGCCGCGGAGGGCGUUCCGCAGUCAAAGCUAGCCAAGCUGCUGCAUCCCGACUUGCUCUUAGGCGACAAAAUUUUUCCCGCAUCAAGUAGUAGCAGUUUCGGCUCAAGUGAUACUGACGUCCAACAGACGGUAGAACAGCUGCAGCGUGCGUUGAAUACCUUCGUGUUGGAGCUGCUGAAGAAGAAUAUGAUUCUCAAAAAAUUUUACGAGGAGGUCCAGCGCGCACAUAGCGGUCGCCUCGCGGAGUGGCGCACGCUCUACGAAAAGGCUGCAGGCGUGGAAACGAAGCAAGCAGUUUUGCAGGCAGACAUCGCGGAAACUUUGCGUCGGCAAAAAGAGCUUCGUGCGCAACUAGCGGACCUAGUGGCGCUUGCGAGCUCGCUCUCGGCAACAGCAAAACGCGCAGACUUGAGCGCCGAAAUCCCGAAAGUACAAGAAACCGUGGGCCGCAUGCUGCGCGACCUGCACAUGGCCGCAUACUAGGUGGUCUGCGGAGCGAAGGGUUGUGCUGAGUGAUUUUCGAACCGAAGUGCGAGGCAAUCUGCGAGGAGCGCUGCGUGCUAGGUGAUCUCUGCAUAAUGCUGAGCGUGUUAAUGGAGCAGGGCACAGGCGUAUGGGAUGUGAGAACGAGCCAUGGGACAAGCGGUUUCUCGACGAGGCUUUUGAUUGUUCUCAAGCACACGCACAAGUAGCUGUACUGAAUACCAAAUUCAACCGCGCGUGACGCGUCCUAUGGUUUUGCGAGAGAUAACGAUGGGAUCCAAGUAAUCAGCACCCUCCGCAGGCAGCAUCGCUUGGCAGGACGCUGUUUUGGAGAGUUUCUGCUGAUACAUGCUCGCAGAAAUUCUCUCCGUUUUGCUUGAAGAAAAAAGCCUGUCAUGCCUUCAUUACAGAAGACACUCUUUAUGGUGUUUUCAUGAUUGUCACUCGCCAAGUGACAAAGUCCCCUUCGAACUUCAUCCCCCUCUUUUCGUAUAUACAAGUGUUGUUGAAACUAAGUGAUGAAAAGCAAGGGGCUAGAGUUGAACUAAGUAUAAUAAUUCUGUGACUGAGUGCGCACAGAUUCAGUCGCAACUCGCCUGUCAGUCAGUCUUUUCACGUUGAGACGACUCUCGAACAUUCCAGAUUGCACGUGUUCAGAAGAACGACUCGACGUAACCCGUUUCUGUGUCGGAAGAUAAUGGACGAGAGAGAAGUACUCAAUGUUUUUGUUUUCCAAGGAACAAUGAUUCGCUUACGGUUUUUUUUGAUACCAAAAAGUAAGUAAAGGAAAC